CCCCGGGCCUCCAUGUCCCGCCCUCGAACAGGCUGCACCCGUCUGAUACAUUCAUGUUAUAUCCUUCAUCUAUCUGUCAACAUCUCUCACGGGCUGUGCUGGUUUAAGUAGGUGCAUCGCACUAUAAUUGCUUAACAAACGGUCAACAUCGCAUUCCUUCCGGACGGCGGAAUCCGAUUGGGACAUCGCAGUGGAUAUUCCUUCUCUAAGCUGACGGCGCCGGUAUUUUGUCUGGUCUGGGAUUUAUCUCCACGAAAAGGAAAGGACAAGACAGGCAAAUUUGAUUGCAAUGGAACGCGAGACGACUUGCACAACCAUUACAACCCCAGCAACGAACGCGGAAUCUACCAGUAAUGCCCUCAUCUCACCUCCGAGCGAUGACAUUCCUCGACUCUUCACCCAUCCUCGCUCCAUUCAUCGGCCUUUCCCCCUUUUCCAUCCCACUCGUGCCACUUUCGUCGUUCUCACGGAUGGUACAUCAAAGCUGAAGUCUCGCUGGAACUCGAGAGCGUCCAGGAAGAAUCGCUUCGCUCUUCGACCGGUCCAGGUCGCUCAUUUCCCCGAUGAAGCAGCGCGAGAUAGAGAAAAAGCCAAGUUUGCUGUGGUUGAGCAGCGACUAUACCAUUCUCAUGCGAGGCUAAAGCUGCAUCUCAGCUGGGAUGUCUCUUUCUGGGUGGCAUUCGUAUUUGUUGUUGGGUCCGCGUUAUGGGUGAUAAAUGGUUUUCUCCUCUACCUCCCGCUUCUUCCAUCCCCCUCCCCUUCGUAUUCUGUGGCGGCAUCGUGGAUCGCUUUCGCAGGUGGGACCGCGUUCGAGCUCGGGAGCUAUCUGAUGGUCGUCGAGGCGCUCAACACGGGGCACGAAGAGCUAUUUGGGCCGGCACUGUGGGGGCUCGUUGAGGAGGCGGAGGAUGACAUGGAAUCCAAGUAUGGGUCGGAAAGGGCUGCGAGGCCGAAGAAGGGAGUUAGAGGCGAUUGGAGACGCUUCAGAUGGAUUGGAACCGCAUCGUGGCGUGAGCUCGGAUACCUUGCGUCUGCGAUACAAUUCUGUGCAGCUACAAUUUUUUGGAUAUCGACAAUUAGCGGCAUACCCGGCAUAAUACCCAACCUCGAUACCCAACCUCCCGUUGCGAUCACGGACAUAUUCUUCUGGACACCGCAGGUCGUUGGAGGGAUGGGGUUCUUCAUCUCCUCGUUGCUGCUCAUGUUGGAGGUGCAACACGCGUGGUGGCGUCCGAAGCUCGACAGUCUCGGCUGGCACAUCGGUGUGUGGAACCUUAUCGGUGCAGUGGGCUUCGCGCUGUGCGGUGCGCUCGGCUAUGCGUCGGCGACUUCGUCGAAGGCCAACUAUCAAAGCGUUCUGUCCACGUUUUGGGGCUCAUGGGCGUUCCUAAUUGGCAGUGUGAUCCAGCUGUGGGAGACUCUCUGGAGGGAGGAUCCCGACGCUAUUGACUCAGCAGGACAGAUAUGAGAAUGACGGCCACGCGUAAUCUUGAGUGGCUGGCAAACCGCGCAGACAACGAUAUCACCCUUCUUGUUGAUGAUACCCACUGUAGUAUACAUAUUACAAAUCGAUACCAGCAGGUCUCUACGUGAAAAUUUAUACCUGGAUUAGCAGUCAAGUUCUUUGCCAGUGUAGUAAGCAUGCUUCCAUACACGUAUAAUCCCGUGACUCGUUCACCAAGCGCGAAAAACUUGCUAAGCUGCUUGAUAUCUUCGAAUC